AUGUUGACUGUAGUGUUGUCAAUAAUUAUCCCAAUUGUUGUGAUGAUAACGAUAUGUCUGGGCAUCUUUUUCUUCUUAAGGAAAAAAAAGUUCGCCGAAUUGAUAGAGGACUGGGAAGAAAUUUAUGGGACACAUAGAUUCUCAUUUAAAGAACUGUACAAGGCCACAAAUGGAUUUGGAGAGGCAGAGAUUAUAGGGAGGGGUGCCUUUGGUGAAGUCUACCGAGGUGUAUUGCCUACUUCUCGAAAGGAAGUCGCCAUCAAGAAAGUUACGCAUGAUUCAACACAUGGGUUGCAGCAAUUUAUUGCAGAAAUUGUAAGCAUUGGCAAGGUUCGGCACAGAAACUUAUUACACCUCUAUGGCUAUUGCAGAAGAAAGGGAGAGCUGCUUUUAGUGUACGAGUUCCUGUCUUGUGGAAGUUUAGAGAAGUUCAUCUUUCCGUCAAGUUCGAGUGCAUCAUCGUCAGUGUCUUCAAGAUCAACACUUAAUUGGUGUCAAAGGUUUAAAAUCAUAAAGGGAGUAACAUCUGGACUAGUUUAUCUACACGAAGAAUGGGAAAAAGUUGUGAUUCACAGGGAUGUGAAGGCAAGCAAUGUUUUAUUAGAUGCUGAAAUGAACCCAAAAUUGGGCGACUUUGGUCUUGCAAUGUUAUUUGAUCAUGGGACAAUUGACGCACCUAUUUCUAGAAUUUGCGGCACACCAGGUUAUAUCGCACCAGAAAUGAAUAGAAGCGGGAUAGCAUCAAUGAGUACUGAUGUGUAUGCAUUCGGGGUUUUCUUGCUUGAAGUUGCUUGCGGGAAGAGACCAGUGCAGAUAAAAACAGACGUAACAGGUGUCCGUUCGAUUUACCUGGUCGAUUUGGUUCUGUCUUGCUGGAGGAAAGGCACUCUGCGUGAGACUAUUGAUCCAAGUUUUGGAAGUGAAUAUGUAGCAGAAGAAAUAGAAUUGGUUUUGAAACUUGGAUUGCUAUGUACUCAUACUAAUUCUGACUUAAGACCAACCAUGAGACAAGUCAUGCAAUAUCUGAAUGGAGAUGUUUGUCUGCUUCAAACAGAUUUAUGGGUCCUCGAGAUGAGCGAUACCCUGAGUCAAGUAUUCUCGCGAGUAAACAUGGGUGACUUAUACCCUUGCGGUAUAGACAGCACUUUCUCUGGAUCAUCGUCAACCCCCAACGAGUCAGUGCCAUCUGGUCCCCGUUGA